AUUGCAAUUGCAUCACAGUCAUAUUUACUUUUGGGUCGUAUAUGGUGCAGAAAAGGCCUAUCACUCUCAUAUAUGAAAGUACUUGUGAGUUUCCAUUUCCCACUGUUUCCUAUGCAUGAACAUGAAUAUUGUUCUAGGACAAGCACUACAAAAACAAGAACUGCUAAUGGUGGCUCCGCAGUCCGCACCUUCACAGCAACAUUACCUUCAUUUUCAUCAACAUUGAAGCACUUUUAUUUAAGCCCCCCUCUAGCUUUCCUGUCACUCUUUUCAGUGAUCUUUUUUUUCCAACUAAGAAGAAAUUAAUGGCGGAAUCAGUCAUCUCUGGUCUUGUACAAACGAUCAUUGAAAAUUUGGGUUCUCAGAUUUUACAAGAGAUUGGAAAAAUCCGCGAUUUCAAGAAGGAGCUUGACAAACUUGACAAAACAGUUUCUAGAAUCGAAGUUCUACUUAAGGAUGCAGAGGAGCAACAAAGUUAUAGCCAUCAAGUCAAGGACUUGAUCGAUAAGCUAGAGGACGCAGUUAAAGAAAUAAAAGAGUUGGUGAUAGAAUUCAACACUAAAGCUUCACGACAAAGAGCAAGGAGGGGGAACAAAGUCAUAAAAGAGAUUGAAUCCUGCUAUGUUGCCUCCGCACCUUCACAGCAACAUUACCUUCAUCUUCAUCAACAUUGAAGCACUUUUAUUUAAGUCCUCCUGUAGCUUUCCUAUCACGCUUUUCUGUGUUCCCUUUUCCAACUAAGAAGAAAUUAAGGGCGGAAUCAGUCAUCUCUGGUCUUGUACAAACGAUCAUUGAAAAUUUGGGUUCUCAGAUUUUACAAGAGAUUGGAAAAAUACUCGAUGUCAAAAACGAGCUUGAAAAUCUCGGGAAUACAGUUUCUAGAGUCCAAGCUGUACUUAAGGAUGCAGAGGAGCAACAAAGUUGUAGCCAUUAAGUCAAGGACUUGAUCCAUAAGCUAGAGGACGCAGUUAAAGAAAUAGAAGAGUUAUUGAUAGAAUUCAACACUAAAGCUUCACGACAAAGACCAAGGAGGGGGAUCAAAGUCAUAAGAGAGGUACGUACUUUCUUUUCAAAUUCAAACCCAAUUGCUCUUCGGUUUGAGACGAGCGGUAAGAUGGAGGCAGUGAGAAAGAAACUAGAUGACAUAGCAAAGGAUAACAGAGACUUCAAAGUGAAAGUAAUCCAAGAACAUGAAGCGAGUAGCAAUAGCUGAGUAGCUAAAUUUACUGCCUCAUUUGAAUUCAAAUAAGAACACCUUUUAGCUAGGUGAUCAGAUUAGUUUUCUGGUUAUUAUCUUUUGAAACCGGUUCUGUGUUUAAAGAGCCGAGGCAAUGAAUAAAAGGCAGAGAAGAAUUAUAACCCAAACAUCUUUUUUCUUUCCUUUUUCUUGGAGACAAGUCAUCUCAAAUUGACUGUCAUUUCAUAAACACAACCAAACAGAUCAAAGACACUGUUAUGAUUCGGACAACAACCUGGACUUGGACUCUCGGCUUUCACAACUGUUGCUGCAACAGAAGCUUGGGAAAAGGAUAAAAAAAAAAGUUUGAAGCUAGGAGAGGUUCUAUUAGACACUCAUUCGUCUAUAUGUAACUAACCAAUGUCUUACAUGAUGCAUAGUGUAUUUUGUGACAUUUUUUAAGAAAUUAUAUUAUAAUCCAUGCAUGAUACUUACUGUUA